AUUACACAUGCUUAUUCAAGCCCAUAUAACGAAACAUCCCACAGAACCCAUUAUUUGCCGCCUACCCUGCUAUCCUCACUCCAACCUUCACUAUCCUCCGUCUAAUCUUCCAAAUUAGACAAUCCGUCCCUGUGUUCGGACUUGAGCACAUACAAUCUCCUAAGGAGCUUCGAUAAUUUCAUCUCGUCUAACCCAUCUAUCGUCGCCGCUAUCGGAGUCAGCUCAGAGCUCGACACUUUUUUUUACGGAUGCGGUGGUUCUCUCCAUCAGAAGCGGUCCAGCGAUCAGGCACGCCAUGUGCUGCUCAACUGUUCGACCUCUUCAAAUACAUGGCGGGAGACAACUCAGAUGGGGAUUUUGGUCAGGGGGAAGCUGCUGAAGGUGAGGAGAACGAGGUCCUCCCCAACUUUCUCCCUCAAGGCGACAGACCUUCACCAGUGACUUGGGAUGAUCGUCCCUAUGCUCUAGCCGAUGAUCCCCAUCUGCAUAUAGCUUCUCAGGAGACUAGGCCCUCAACUCCUUCACGAGUGAAGCAUGAAAAAGGAACUUCAACCUAUCUUGAGGAAGCUGAAAAAGCCACUGAAAGAGAGCGGAAUUCACUGAGCGCCCGACUGACAGCGAUGUCAUUGAGCAAUCUGUCGAACGCGAUGUUGUUGCGUAGCGGUAAGAAAGUCAAGAGAAGGCCUUUGCCCCUCAAGGAUCAGGAUCCUUCACCCGAAAUAGGGGCCAAAUCAUCCAUCCUUUUAACUCCGUCCGCAUCCUUGGAUGAUUAUAAGAUAGGGGUGCUUGGGGAUCUGUCUGAAAAUGAUAUGCCCUUGGAUGGUGACGACAUCACUGACGAAGAGAAGAUCGCGGCCAUUAUAAGCGAGUUUGGAGAUAUUACCAGUUUGUAUGAGGACCAGGAACCUGAGAGAAUUCUUGCUGAAAGCAAGGGUAGCGUGUUUAAGAGCGUCAUGAUGAUAGGCAAUUUGCAUCUAACAACCCAUCGUCUCCUCUUUCAUGCCUCUAUUCCUCCUGAUUAUGGAUCCGGUGCCCUUUCCUCCACAGGGUCCGCAACAAACGACGCUACCGUCCGUCAACCGGACGUGCUCCAGGCUGGCCCAGUCACAGUUCAUUACCCAGGGGCUAUCAGACCCUCAAGGCGGGUGUGGAUGGAAUUAAGCUCGGAGAUGGUCACCACCUAUCCUGGUGCGGAUGAAGCCAGUCGCGUGCGACCCCUCAGAUGUGUUUUAUUGUCUUCUGUACGACAACUGGAACCAAUAGAUCCCGAACAUCCUCGUGAUUUUUAUGUGGAGUACGAGACUGCUACUGGAUGGAAGCGAAGCCACAUCUCUGUCGACACUGAGCAAUCAGCCGGGCAAUGGAGACGGGCCUUCCAUGCUGCACUAUUCCGCCAAAUGCGAUAUAAAUGGCGCCAAUCAAGUGGCUUUAUCCCUCCCGACGAUAACUGGUCAAUGAUGCGUGUCUGCAUUCCAUUGAGCAGAGUUACUCUUAAAGGCAUUAGCAGCUAUCAUUCCUUUGCCACUCUAAUGGGACUGGAUGUGGACCUCGACGUCGUGUUGCAUCCGGCUUUUUCAUUUUUGUCAAGCAUUGAAAACCGCAUACCUGAUGCUCCUCAUAAACUCAAGCUUAUACAUCCGUCCUCUAUAUCAUCAGUUAAGCCACCAGCUCUUCCAUGCUCCAAAACAACGUCUCGAAAAUCUUCACUUUGGAGGGGAGACGCUGAUGCUGCCAGAUCACCUGAUCUUUGGAACGGCUCUCAAGCUAAUCCGGACAAUCCAAAAGAACAAAAACUGCUUGAAUUUAAUAUUGCCGUCCUCAACGAACAGGUAUGGUUUGCUGAAGCGCUGCAAUCUGCGGUGAAUGCUUCUAAAUUGCGGAAAUACGCAGCAACAGCGAAGGAGCCUAAAAUUGUCCUCGAAGUGGACGGACAUGAUUGCCUUGCUGCAGAUGACGAGUUGGACUCAAAAAGCUUGGGGACGACAGGGUCCACUGAGUUGGACGAGGAUGAAGAUAGCGGCGAUGACGUGCUGCAACAAACACGCAAGCGAGAGAAGGCUUUCAUGGCUGCAAAAGUAUUCGGUUUGAAGGAAGAAGAUGGGAUAUGGAUGAAACGCUGUUAUAUUGUAACGUCAUUUCUGCCGGCCCGUGGCCAUAUUAUUAUAACGCCUCAGUAUAUUUGCUUCUGGCGCAGAGUAGCUGUUGGAACCGAUAUUAGAUAUCGCUUCCCGGUUGAAGACGUGGAAAAUGUAUUCAUUGUUCCAGGAAUACGGGUCCGCUUCCACGGGCUUGCUCUGCAGAUAAAAGGACAUGAAGAUCUUCGCUUCGAAUUCUGGAAACACUCGUCAAGGGAUGAAGUUAUGGCACAUAUCAAAUCAUUGGCUGGAACAAGUUCAGGCGUUACAGCUCUCAGUUCAAAAUCACCAUCAGCCCGAACGUCAAACAGUGGAAAGCAGGUUAUGGCAGUUUCCUCCAAGCAAACUUUUGCAGUACACCCCGCCGAUAUCCUUGCCCCCUCAAAAAGCUCUCUAUUUCAACCACUGUCUGUGACAGAUGAUAGCCUACCGUACUUGCCGUUUGUUGCCAAUAGUCCAAAUUUUACCGCACGCCUAGAGCCACGCACUUUUGUGUGUCUUACCAUUGGUUCGAGGGGUGAUGUCCAGCCCUAUAUCGCAUUGGGGCUGCAGCUGAAAAAAGAUGGGCAUAAAGUGGUGAUAGUAACACAUCUGGAAUUUAAGGAAUGGGUUGAGGGUUACGGAAUUGAACACCGCGAAGCAGGAGGUGACCCGACUGCUCUGAUGAAGCUCAGUCAAGAACAUAAAAUGUUCUCCCCUGGGUUCUUCAAAGAGUCAUUGGGGUCGUUCCGUCAGUGGCUGGAUAACUUAUUGCUGGAUUCAUGGCAAGCAUGUAAAGAUGCGGAUGUCCUCAUUGAAAGCCCAUCCGCCAUGGCAGGAAUACAUAUUGCGGAAGCCCUGAAAAUACCAUAUUUCAGAGCUUUCACCAUGCCUUGGACUAGGACCUCUGCGUAUCCUCAAGCAUUCUUAGUUCCAACAUUUGAAAUGGGACCUAGCUUCAAUUAUGCGACCUACGUACUGUUCGAUAAUAUUAUGUGGAAGGCAACCGCUCCCCAAAUCAAUCGCUGGCGUAAAAAGCACCUCAACCUGAAACCGACAGAUUUGUCGACCCUCUCCAUUACGAAUGUCCCCUUUUUGUAUAACUUCAGCCCCUCUGUUGUCCCAAAGCCGCUUGACUGGCAUGACGAUGUCAUUGUUACUGGAUACUGGAAUCUGGAAGAUAGUGACAGAGACUGGGUACCUCCAGCCGCAUUGGAAGAGUUUAUUGUUAGAGCAAAUGAAAAAGGACGGCCUUUAGUUUACAUUGGUUUUGGAUCUAUUGUUGUCCCACAACCUGAUGAGAUGACUCGAAGUAUAAUCAAAGCGGUCGAAAAAGCCAAUGUUUGCGCAAUCAUUGCCAAAGGAUGGUCUUCACGAGGUGGUGACCCAGCCAAAGAAGGGCAGAAUAUCACCUUCCCUGAAAGCUGUUAUGGUAUCGAUAAAAUUCCUCAUGCUUGGUUGUUCCCAAGAGUUCGAGCAGCAUUACAUCAUGGUGGUGCUGGAACUGUUGGUGCCAGCUUAAGAGCUGGUAUCCCUACCUUAAUCAAACCCUGGUUCGGAGAUCAGUUCUUUUGGUCGAUACGUGUUUCAAAACUUGGUGUUGGGUUGAAAGUUCCAUCUUUGCGGUCUGAUGAUGUGGCUUCCGCCCUUAUCAAGGCUACAUCCGAUAGGCUCAUGAUUGAGAAAGCGGCUCGGAUCGGUGAACGCAUACGGUCAGAAAAUGGCGUGGCUACGGCAGUCAGUGCUAUCAGCUACAACAUCUCCAGGGCAGCAAAUAAUCGUAGAACAGCGAGAUAAAUUAUAUCUGUGGAUAGAAAUUAGCAGACUGACUCUGUCUCGGUCCCAAAUGUAUCAUUAGUGUAUCCCCUUUUUAUCGCUUCCAUCCUGAAACGCUUGUCAGAUAAAUUGACAGAGUGCUGGAAGUGUGGGUUAUAUACAAUUGGGGUCGUGAUAGCGCAGACUAUAGAUGAGUACUCUUGCUGGAAAAAUAGGAAGACUAGCCAGUAAACGACAUAACAAAACACGACGAUGUACGUUAAAAUAAUAAUGCAUGCAUAGAUAUCACC